CCGACUAAAGGAUGGAUUUGAACACGGUAUGGCGUACGUAGAUGUGAAUCGGUUCCGAAAUGUCAACGAAAAUGAGCAAAGGGGCUCGGUGUAUGCGGCCGCGGCAAGGGGCACCUGCGAUAUUACAGGGGAGCUCCAACGUGACCCGGCUGCCAUGCUGGUUGCGCACUGGGCAUCACAUUUUGAGUUCCGCCCUAUCUUUCAGCUUUUCAUCUUCGAAGACCCCCCCGCCGUCGCCGACUCUCCUUCAUCCUCUUUCUUUCGUCGGGAACUCAGUGCAAAGGCCACUCCAUCACCCGGGCCCGCAGCUUACCUGCACCGCCCAGGCAGCGGUCACCACCCCCCGCCCCCAUCAAUCCAUCUCCGCCCAGCUCAAGCUUGGCGGUGCCUGCGCCCGACCGACAGACCCAAUCUUUCCACUAUACAUUCCUCUUCACCCGUUCACCGAUACCGACAACGCCCAUGGACUCGCCGCUAGGAGAUAUCAGCCAAGCGAGGUCCUCGCGACCACCCCGGCUGGAGACCGCAGAGUUUUCGACUAGGCCGCUCACCAUAUCACCCACGUCGACGCGCCCUCCGCUAGACGCGACGCCGACAUUAUACGCGCCGCCGCGGACAUCAACGAGCGCGUCGCGUCCUACGCAUGCGCAAGUCUUCGUCCCCGAGACAGCGCCGGCCUGCCCGCGGUACACGCGCCCGCGGGGGUUACGGAUAAUGAACCUAGUCAAGCCCUUCGUGCCCAUCAUCUUAUACGGGAUGACAUCUAUAGGCUUCCUCAUAGCCAUCGCAUUUUGGAAGUCGCAGGUCUUCCACGGUCUUGAUGACCUCUCACACUGGAUCCGUGAGGAAGCCCCGCUGGGCUACGUGACCCUAUUCUCUAUGAUCGUUAUAACUACAAUUCCUCCUGUACCAUUAUACAGCACGCUCAUUAUCUUAUCUGGCUAUACUUUUGGCGCCAUCCGUGGCGCCGUGCUCUCGUAUUCGGCGGCGCUCACCGGCGCCGUCCUCGUCUUCCUCACCUCGCGCUACUUUUUCCGCGAGUCGAUCACCAAAUGGCUCACUCAGGCAGCGACGAUUAAACGCGUCGUCCGGGCUAUCGAGAAGCGCCCGACGCUUCUCUUCCUGAUCCGGCUCGCACCGUACCCGUAUAAUGUUAUGAAUUGCCUGCUGGCCGCUUCGCCGACGCUCACGUUCAAGACGUACACCGUCUGCACGGCGUUGUCGCUCUUCAAGGUCAUCAUCCACACCACGAUCGGUGCCUCGAUUCAUUCUUUCGCGGACUAUCACCUUCAAAAGGGUGCCAAGGACGGCGACGACGCGGAGGAUACUAAGGACGAGGGCAGCCACUCGCUCAAGCAGGGCUUUACCAUCGGCGGCAUCAUCCUCUGCGUCUCCAUCCUCGUAUACCUCUCAUACGUCGCGCGUAAAGCGGUGGACGAGGAACUCGACGACGACGACGUUGUACUACCCUCGCAUAACAGCGAGGAGCGGGUCGCGUUCCUGGCCUCAGACGAGGAUCGAUCCAUGUCGGAGUCGCCACUGAUUGGCAGCGUGCAGCUGCAGAGCGCGGCGGCCUCGGACGCGUCGCCAACAGGGUCGCGAUGGGCCGAGGACGGCGCGACGGCGGCGGCAGAGGGAGCGAAUAACGAUAGUGCCAAUGGACACGGACGCUCAUAAUUUGCUCUCUGUCUUUCUCUCACUUAUUCAACUGCUCCUUACACGUAUUGGUGUUAUCUGUACUGCUGAUUAUCGAUUGUACUUCUGGAUCCAUACAAGCCAUACACACGUAGACAAAGGCGAUACUCGCAAAUGGCUGCUGUCAUUGAAUGCGGCCGGUGGGCGCUUUGC